AUUAGUACAUGGCCCCUCCACUCCAUGAAGAGACACAUCUUUGUUUUCUUGUGCAAGCUGGUUUACUCGGUAAAACGCAAUGGUGGAAAUCUUGCAUGGCAUUUACUUCGGGUUAUUUCAAUCAAGAUUGGCGCUCCUCUUCUUCAUCUCCUUCUCGCGCAGCGCGAUCUCUACAGUUCGAGGCUAUGGAGCAUCUCCCGGGACGUGGGAUUUGGCGCAACCGGUGGCUGGUUCUAGUGGCAUCAAUGUGGCUCCAAACUUGCGGCGGCGUGGGAUACAUCUAUGGGAGCUACUCUCCGGUGAUCAAGGCCAGGCUCUUGUACAACCAGAAGCAGAUGAACACGCUCGCGGUCGCCAAAGACAUCGGUGCGUUUGUGGGGAUCUUUGCCGGAUCCCUGUCGGCCGUGCUCCCUCCCUGGGGGCUCGUCUUGCUCGGUGGAGUACAAAAUUUAGUCGGCUAUGGUGGGAUUUGGAUGCUCGUCACUAAUCUGGCUCUUCCUUCGCCCAUUUGGCUGAUGUGCGUGCUCAUUAUGGUCGGUACUAACGAAGAAUCAUACUUCAACACCGUCUCUCUCGUCUCCGCGGUACGUAACUUCCCCAGGAACAGAGGCCCCGUGGUGGGAAUUCUCAAAGGAUUCAACGGGCUGUGUGGAGCAAUCUUCACGCUGGCCUAUGGAGCGCUGCUGGCUCCACACCAGGAGGCAUUCAUCCUUCUCGUGGCCGUGGCACCGAUUAUUGUGGGUGUGAUUGUCAUGCCGGUCAUCCGGCCUUUGCAAAACUCCGGGAUCCCGCAAGACACCAAGGAAGAAUCGGAACACAUGAGAUUUAUCUACAACUUGUGCCUCGUGAUCGCGGCGUAUCUCCUCGUGGUACUGCUCAUCAAGGAUAUCUUGGACGUGAGCAAGCUUGUGACCGCCAUCUUUUACCUGGGAAUGCUGCUGCUUUUUGCGCUCCCGCUGGUUAUACCACUCAAGCUCGAGUUUUUCAGAGGUGGUGUGGGUUUCGAAGGCAAUGGAAAGAUGGUAGAGCCGCUGAUGCAACAGGCAGCCGGAUCAAACCAGAGCUUAGACGAUGGCAGCAAGCUGGCGGGCUAUGACUCCUACUUCAGCGAGCUAGAGGACGAGAAGCGAGCCUCGAAAAGCCUUCCGGAGCCUCUCUUCAAGAAGGAGAUGUCGAAAAUGCGAUUGGAGCUCUACAAAGCCGUUGCCGAGGGAGCAGUGAAAGUUAAACGGAGGAGGAAAGGACCUCGUCGCGGAGAGGACUUCACGCUGAUUCAAGCUCUGAGGAAAGCGGACUUUCUUCUCAUGUUUGGAAUUCUCUUCUGUGGAUGCGGCUCAGGCUUGACAGCCAUAGACAACCUCGGGCAAAUGGGACAAGCACAGGGCUACUCCAACGCUCAUAUGUUUGUCUCGAUGAUCAGCAUAUGGAACUUCCUGGGACGAGUUUCCGGAGGCUUUGUUUCGGAGUGGAUUGUCAGAGAAUAUGCUUAUCCAAGGCCAUGCGUGCUGGCUGUGGCUCAGCUCCUAAUGGCAUUCGGCCAUCUCUUCUACGCGACGGCCUGGCCGUUGUCACUUUACGUUGGUUCUUUGCUGGUGGGACUGAGCUACGGUAUGCACUGGGCUGCCUUCCCGUCGGCGGUGUCGGAGCUCUUCGGCCUCAAGAACUUUGGCAGCUUCUACAACUUUCUCACCGUCUCGAUUCCGCUAGGGACGAUUCUCUUCUCUGGAGUCCUCGCCGGCAGCGUCUACGACAACGAGGCCGCCAAACAGCUCCACGGGAGGCCGGAGGAUUUCAAGGAUGGCCUGCUGUGCGAAGGAGCGGUGUGCUUCAGGCUCACCUUUCUCAUCCUCAUGGGAGUUUGCAUCUUUGGCUUCGGGCUUUGCAUGCUCCUGGUGAAGAGAACGGUGCCGGUUUACGCUGGACUGUAUGGGAAACAGCAGGAACAAGAACAGGGGUCUCAGGCGAGUAGAGCUGAGAAUAGUGGAAACAUGAAAACGAUUAUCGAGGAGGAAGCUUGACUAUGUAGACGAGCUACAAGCGUGAGGCCAGGAGUUUGAGCUCUAUAAGAGUUUGGGGAGAUGGUCUGUCUACAUAAGCUCGAAAAAACCCUCGAAGAAGGAGAUGGACUCGGCGCGACUUGAAAGACUACUGGCGCUUGCGAGUGGAAAACGAGCAGUGGCUUUAGAGAUUUCUGGCACGUUGGCAUUUAUUUUCGAUUUCUACGACCUCUUGUUUGUACGUGAAGAUCUUUAUGAGAUGUUGUCUCCGCUUUUUUCGAGGGACCACUUUGAUCUUGCCGACAGAAAAAAAAUGAAAGUAAACUUGGAGAGAUUGGUUUCU